AUGGGAAUGGAAAAACUCAAUAAUAUGGAUGGUAAACCAUCGGAGUAUCUCUACGAGCCUGAGAUACUUAAGCGACUGGAUUUCAACAAGAGUCCAGCACAGUUUAAACCCAAGAUCAGUGCUGCUAAUCCUGGUGAAGACUGGAUGGUAGUAAGGCCUUUGCAACGUUCCGACUAUGACAAGGGCUUCCUGCAACUCUUGAGUCAACUAACAAGCGUUGGCAAUAUAACACGCUAUCAAUUUGACGAGAGGUUUACAAAAAUGAAGCAGUCCGGAGGCUACUAUGUCACAGUCAUCGAAGACACACGCAUUUCGAAGCUGAUUGGCGCUGCUACACUCACAAUCGAACAGAAAUUUAUUCACAACUGUUCAGUGCGAGGUCGUUUAGAAGACGUAGUCGUGAACGACACGUACAGAGGCAAACAGUUGGGUAAAUUAAUCGUCGUGACUGUAUCGUUGCUGGCGCAAGAGCUGGGCUGCUAUAAGAUGUCCCUAGACUGUAAGGACAAAUUAAUCAAGUUCUACGAAACUUUGGGAUACAAGCUCGAGCCUGGCAACUCUAACGCUAUGAACAUGAGAUUCGAUGAGCCAUCUUGA